AUGCCAUCAAUGACGUUUCUUUGCGCUCCAGAACGUGCCAAAAGCACGGUGGCGGAUACGGCCAUUGGCUUGCCAGUGAGCUUCUUAGUUGCGCAGCUCUUGAUCUUGGUACUUGGAGCUGAGUGGGGCUCGUUUUGGUGCUUUACCACAUCACUUCUUGUCUUUUUGGCCCUCGUUGAGCCCUGCAUCGCGCGUUACUGGGGCCAUGACCUCCCAACUAUCAUCGACAAUGGCGUGCAAGAAGCUGACGGCCAGAGCGAAGCGAUCGGCAAAACGCUGUUCACAGAUGACUCGGCUUCCGCAACCAAACUGGACGUGGAGCCGCCCGAGCUGUUGGCCACCCUGGGCGUGGGCGCACACCGCGCUGAGGAAGAUCAUGAGCUCGAUGCGUUGCUUUGA